UCCACAUUUUCUCAUUUUAUAUUUCUUUUAAUGGAAAAAAAACAGUUCUUUUCAGAGCUAAUCGCUAAAAUUUAAUACGUUUUAUACUUUAAAAAUAUAAUCACUAACUUAUUUAGAUUUAAUUCAUAUCUGUGUAACUUGUAUUACAAAAUGCAUAGUAUUAACAGAAGUUAUAGAAAGCCAAAAGCAAGACCAUCGAAAAAAAAACUUUUGGCUCAACAAAGAAAUCAAGCUAGAUGGAAGAAAGAUGUUAGUAAAGAUGAGAAUAUUUUACCCCAGGAAGAUACUCCCCUUUCUUCAACAACUGAACUAAAUACUAGUGUUAGUGCUCGCAAAUUGCAAUUCCCUGUGAGAACUUUGAACAAUAGUCAAGUUACUUCUAAGGAAGUUCAGAAGACCCCUAACUAUGUUCUUAUGAACAAAAAUAUGUGGAGUACUUUACUCAAAAACAUAAAUUGUACUCAAUGUGAUGAAGCAGCUGUUGAUGUUGCUUUCAAAGAACAAUAUGGGUAUUCUUCCAAACUAGAACUAUAUUGCAGAAAUUGUGAAACAAUGCUUGGAUCAACUUUUUCUAGUCCUCGUUGUGAAGAUUCAAAAUCUUUUCUCGCCAACAUAGAACUUGUCGAAGCAUUUCUGAAAAUUGGUAAAGGACACGCAUCUUUGGAACAAUUUUCUAUUGCUUUAGGAAUUCAAACAAUGGACAAAAAAACUUUCUCAAAAUGUUUGCAAACUCUAUGUGAAGAAAAGAAAACAUUUAGAGAGGAUAUGCUGUGUGUUGCCCGCCAAAUUGUUCGAAAGACACAUUUUGAAAUAAAUUGUUUAUCUGAUGACGAAAAACUUCUUGACAUCACAGUCUCGUUCGAUGGUUCGUGGCACAAGCGAGGCCAUACAUCGCUAUAUGGACUUGGCGUCGUAAUCGAUGUGUUGACGGGAUUAGCCGUAGACUUUGAAAUCUCAUCCAAAUAUUGCUCGCAAUGCACUGCGGCUAAAAGAGACUUGGGAAACGAUAGUGCUGAAUUCUCCAUUUGGUAUAAUGGGCACAAGUCGGAGUGUUCAAAAAAUUUCAGCGGGUCCUCAGGCUCCAUGGAGAUGGUUCUUGCAGGCAUAUUAUGGAGCAGAUCUGUAAAAAAUUGUGGUUUCCGCUACCUAAAUAUUGUAUCAGAUGGAGAUUCGAGAACUUAUCAACAUCUAGUUGAAUUAAAACCUUACGGCGAGGAUGUGCAAAUCGUAAAAGAGGAAUGCCUCAACCAUGUGUCCAAAAGACUGGGCACAGGGUUGCGCAAUAAAGUAAAAGAGCUGAGAAGUAAAGGAGUAACGAUCGGAGGGCGCAAAAAAGGCAGCCUCAAAGAAAGUACCAUAAUAAAGUUAACAAAUUUUUAUAGGAAGGCAAUCAAAGACAAUUGUCCAGACAUAACAAAAAUGAAAUCAGCUAUAUACGCUUCUUUACUGCAUUGUUCAUCGUCUGACAAAGCACCGAAACACAGUAAAUGUCCAACCGGUGUACAAUCUUGGUGCUUUUUUCAAAGGGCACUUGCUACCUCAGAAAUUCAACCUUCUCAUGAAGCUAUGAAAACUUACAUCUCAGAAGAUGUGCUCUCCAAAAUUUUGCCAAUAUAUCAGAGGCUAGCGAGUGAUGAACUGUUGAAGAGAUGUACGUCAGGUGGAACACAAAAUGCCAAUGAGAGCAUUCAUAGCCUCAUUUGGAAUAAGUGUUCAAAAGAAACAUUUGUCUCGAAAGAACGCUUGGAGUUCGCAGUGAUUUCAAGUGUAUCUGAAUUUAACUUUGGCUGUGUAAAUACAUUGUACCUUGAAAAAGACGAAACAGACUACUUUUCUUUGAACAUUGCCGAAAAACGAGAUAAGCGUCGUUUAUCACAAAGUGCUCAAAGGAACACUAAAUUGUAUAAAAGACACAGAUUAACUAAAAAGUAUGGCACUGUGAAUGAAGAAAAAAAAAAUGUUAAAAAAGAAGGCAGUACAUAUGCACCUGGAAAAUUUUAAGGUGAAAUGCUUCUAAAUUUUGUUUUUCUAAUGCAAUCAAUUAUUAUAGCAAUUUUUAUUU